CUUUUCCAUCAUACAAAACACAUCUGCCCAGAAGUUGUUCAUCUUCAGUUUUCAGAAAGCGAGGAGGAGAAGAGACGUGGCGGAUAUGGAGCCUCUGAUGAUUCUACUUCUGCUAGCAGGACUAGCAGGGAAGACAUCAGCGACAGACGCAACAGCAAUAGGCAACAACUCUACUUCCACAACAACAGCCCCUCCACCACCAGAGGUUAAGCUGGAGUUCAAAUUGGAGCAAAACUUCACCGCAGACUUGAAUAAUGCAUCAUCACCACAUUUCCAAGCAUUAGCAGCAAGUGUGGCUACAGUGCUGGACAGUGAUUACAAACACAAAUAUGGAUCCAGUUUCAAUCGCACAGUGGUUCUUGGUUUCAGUGAAGGUUCGGUUGUGGUAUAUACUGUGCUAGUAUUCAAUAAUAACACAGCUGCUCCCACAACAAACACAGCUGCUCCAGCAACAACCACAGCUGCUCAAGCAACAACAACAUAUGCUGUCACAACAACCACUUCUGCUCCCACAACAACCACUUCUGCUCCCACAACAACCACUUCUGCUCCCUCAACAACCACUUCUGCUCCCGCAACAACCACUUCUGCUCCCACAACAACCACUUCUGCUCCCACAACAACCACUUCUGCUCCCACAACAACCACUUCUGCUCCCACAACAACCACAGCUGCUGCCACAACAACCACAGCUGCUCCAAGAACAACAACAGCUGCUCUGACCACAGUUACAACUGGUUAUUCAACCACUACCACAACACCGGCCCCUCCACCACCAGAGGUGAAGUUGGAGUUCAAAUUGGAGCAAAACUUCACAGCAGAUUUGAAUAACGUUUCUUCACCAGAGUUCAAAGAAUUAGCAAAUACUGUGGCUGCAGCGCUGGAAAAUGUGUACAAAAGUAAAUAUGGAUCCAGUUUCGUUCGCAUAGAAGUUAUAGGUUUCAGUCAAGGUUCAGUUGUGGUAAUCACUAAGCUGGUAUUUAACGAUACCAGCGUAGUCCCUGCGAACAGUGAUGUGGCUGCCACGAUGACAGAGGCAGUUUCAAGCAACAGCUCUAAUUUCUCUCUCCCAGUGAACACAGCCUCCAUUGUGGCAACAAGUAAGACACACAUAUUAUUUGCACAAGUUGUUCAUCACAGAUUUCCUGUUACUAAUUUGUUAUAACAUGUCAGUUAAUUAUAACUUGCAUAUGCAAGGAAUGGUUCAUUCAAGACUGUGCAAUUCUAUUAAAAAUAAAUCACAACGCAGGUGGUGUGACAUGGUCCCAAACAGGUGAAGUAGGUCAUUUACAUUUAACUACGCAGCCUGGAGUUGAUUAUCUGUCUUUUAUUAUUGAUACUUGACAUAGAAAACAAAGCAACAAAUGUGAUUGUAAAAAAAAAAAAUUCUGAAGAGAAAACACUUUACCUUCUUAACUCAAUAACAAGAAGCAAAAACUGAGUAACCCUAUGUCCUCAACAUUGUUGAUGAAACUUC